CCUGCGAAUGUCAACAAUGUAGCGAUUGAGGGGAGUAGGCGGCGUUCCAUUGGGAAGAGCGCGAGCCGCGGGCAGAGCCGGUGGAACCCACAGAACGGGGUAAGCAGAAGCAGCAACAAUCCGCCACCGCCGCCUUGUGCCGACGGUCUCCGAGUGCAAUCCCUGCGGGGCUCCUUCCACUGCUCUCCCCACAUCCCUUUUGCUGCUGCAGCUUUCCCCUCCUCCUCCUCCUCCAGUUUCUCCCCCCGCCCCCCUCCAUUUUCGCAUGUCUAUGUGUUUCUCCCCCUUCUCCUCGGCAAGACUUUGCUUCGUGAGGCAGCUUUUUUUGUCUUUGAAAGCACUGGGCAUGUGACGUGCGUCUUCUUUAGGUGCGAAUAUCCUACAGACAACCUCAGCAACAACAAGAGCCCUCAGCAAGCUUCAGCCUUCUCCCCCCGCCUCUCUCCCGCAAGCGUUUGCAGGCAGCGUGAGGAGCUGUCGAAAGUUGCAUUGAUAGGAGGUUGCCACCACCUAAGUUAAGCUGCCGGAAGCUUGCCCUGAAAAUCUUUGGGCAUACAUAUCUUAAUGGAUUGCUGUAACCUACUAAUUUCUCCAUUCGUCCACUUCCUUGUUUCGUGAGAAUAUUAGCCAGCACAGAUCCUGGGAAAAUUACAUGGUGUGAACGGAAUGUCUGUGGAUGAGAAGACUGAAUCCCCCAUGUAUGUGUAUGAGUCAACAGUCCAUUGUACCAAUAUCCUCCUGUGCCUCAAUGACCAGCGGAAGCAGGAUAUUCUCUGUGAUGUGACUUUGAUUGUGGAGGGGAAAGAGUUUCGAGCCCACCGGGCUGUGCUGGCAGCAUGCAGUGAAUACUUCUUGCAGGUGUUAGUCGGGCAGACGGAAAAUGACUUGGUGGUCAGCCUGCCAGAGGAGGUCACUGCCAGGGGAUUUGGUCCAUUGUUACAGUUUGCCUACACUGCUAAGCUGUUACUCAGCAGAGAAAACAUACAAGAGGUUAUCCAUUGUGCAGAGUUCCUGCGCGUGCACAACCUGGAGGAUUCCUGCUUCAGCUUCCUUCAAACCCAGCUGCUGAACAAUGAGGACAGCCUGUUCCUGUGCAAAAAGGAUCCCACUUAUCAGCGGAUGCAUGAAGAUGAGAAUUCCGAGGAAGAGGAGGUAGAGACAAUGGAAUCUGAGACUUCCAAGAUAUCUUGUCCAAGGGAGAGAACACACCCAGAGCCCUUUAACUUUGAAACCACCAGUUCGGAAGCAGAUAAAGAAGGGAUGCUGCCUGACUCUGACCUGCUAAGAGAUGACAAGGACAAUUUGGACAAAGAAGCAGUAACACGGUAUCCCAGAUACAAGAAAUACCAGCUGGCUUGUACCAAGAAUGUCUACAAUACAUCACACGUUAGUACCUCAGGUUUCACAAGCACAUUCAGUGAAGAAAGUUCUGGCGACAGCCUCAAGCCAGAACUUGCUGUAGGGCAAAUUAAAAGUGAGCCUAGGAGUGAGGAGAAUGAUGAAGAAAACAUCACACUUUGCCUCUCUGGAGAUGAGCCUGACAUCAGGGAUAAAGAGGGCGACGUUGAAAUGGACCGAAAGCAGCCAAGUCCUCCUGGAGCUGACAGGUCUAAAAGUGGUUCCUCUCCUUCCUGCCUAAGGUCUUUCUUCAAUCGAACAAAAAACAUAGACUUAGUUGGCUUCCCCAGUACUUCCCAACAGCACUUUGCCGGGAGUCCAGCCUGCCCUUUUGACAAGGGGACAACUCAGGGUGACCACAAAGCUGAUUAUGUCCCUUUCGCAGGGACUUAUGGACUGUCCCAAGCUGUUCAGAAGGAUGCUUCCAAUUUUACAGUGGGAUCGCCUCUCAGGGGUCCUGGCUUUGUUGAAGGUCUCUGUAAGCAGGAAGGUGAGGUGGACAGGAGGAGUGUUAUAUUUUCUUCAAACGUUUGUGACCAAGUAAACACUUCGGUGCAUUCAUAUUCUGGCGUGAGCAGCUUAGACAAAGAUCUCACCGAGACUGUGCCAAAGGGUCUGUGGGCAGGAAGUAACCAGUCUCUUCCCAGUUGCCAGACCUAUUCUCACAUUGGACAGACAGCUGAUCACUUGCCAGGACGGGUGCGGCCUAACACCAGCUGCCCAGUGCCAAUUAAAGUUUGCCCUCGUUCUCCUCCUCUGGAAACCAGAACAAGGACCUCUAGCUCAUGUUCCUCCUACUCUUAUGCAGAGGAUGGCAGUGGUGGUUCUCCCUGUAGCCUCCCUCUGUGUGAGUUUUCAUCUUCCCCCUGUUCCCAAGGAGCUCGAUUCCUGGCCCCUGAGCAUCAGGAGCCAGGCGUGAUGGGAGAUGGAAUGUACAACCAAGUCAGACCCCAGAUAAAAUGUGAGCCAUCCUAUGGAACAAACUCCAGCGAUGAGUCUGGAUCGUUCUCUGAAGCAGACAGUGAGUCAUGUCCUGUGCAAGACAGAGGACAUGAGGUGAAACUUCCAUUUCCUGUCGAUCAAAUCACAGAUCUUCCAAGGAACGAUUUCCAGAUGAUGAUAAAGAUGCACAAAUUAACCUCAGAGCAAUUGGAAUUUAUCCAUGAUGUUCGGCGGCGCAGUAAAAACCGGAUUGCAGCUCAACGCUGUCGCAAAAGAAAACUGGACUGUAUUCAGAACUUAGAAUGUGAAAUCCGCAAGUUGGUUUGUGAGAAGGAAAAACUUCUGUCAGAAAGAAACCAGCUGAAGGCAUGCAUGGGAGAGCUGUUAGAUAAUUUCUCCUGUCUUUCCCAAGAAGUGUGUAGAGAUAUGCAGAGCUCUGAACAGAUUCAAGACCUGCACCGAUACUGCCCUAUUCUCAGGCCUAUGGAUCUACCGACAGCGGUCAGUAUCAACUCUUCGCCAGCCAGAGUGGAGCAAAACAUAGUAACAUCCCAGUGUGUUGGGGAAGGCUUGCAGUGCUGUUCAGAGCAAAGCCCCGUGCAGCAGCUAGGAGCUCACUGGUUACCUAACAAUGUUUCUGACAAGUGUGUUGCAGCAAGAGUACUGGAUGGAGCUGACCAAGGUACUUACUCUGAGCAGGAGCUCCCGCUAGAGCAGAACAACCAAACAGUGACAGUAGACUUCUGUCAAGAAAUGACUGAUAAAUGUACAACAGAUGAGCAGCCUAGGAAGGAGUAUACCUAGUGGCUGGUGACCCUCUACGUCACAUCUCCAGUCAGCCAGUGGCCACGUUGGUUUGUUGUCUAGAUGGAAGAACAUAUUUGGUGCACACUACAGUGGUCUUAGCAGCAAUACUGUUUUUAAGUAUUCCCUCCUCUCUACAAGCAGGAGAUUGAUUAUCUUCUUCACUAUGGUGCUAUCCCUUGUUCAGGCAGGGGAACAAAAACAGUGGCAACACUGUCUUUUUUAUUAUCGUUGUUGUUGUUAUUGUAUUUUAAUUUCAAUAUUCAACAGGGAUGGACAUAACACCUCUGAGGACCCAAACGCAGCUUUUUUUCUCAGUGGCCCAUGUCACAAAACCCUAACUCAGGAAUUUCCUCUGAAUGUUCAAUUUUUCAUUGAAGACAGCUUCUUUACACAUCAAAGUUUUAUAGCUAAACUGUACAUACUAUAUAUAGUAUAUAAAAAUAUAUAUAUCCAUAUGCAAAAAAAAUCCUUGCAUGCCUCAAUUUUUUCUCAUAAGAAAAAAAGCAACUGGAAACUUUUCAUUUUUAUUGUAUAAACAAAUUCCAACAUUCCUUCUUUCUUUUCUUUUUUUGUCCUUGAUGAUUAAAAUGGUUUGUAAUGGUUUUUAAAAAAAUUUCCCCACCUCUCUCAGUUCCCAGUUCAGCAAUAUCAUUCAGUUUGUACUUAUUUAUAUAGUUUUAAUGUUGGAAGCUUAUUCAAGAUUUUUAAUAUAGACGGCAUUUGGGCACAGCUGUCUUUUUUGUGUGCCAGUUGAGCAACGUGGAUUUAAUUCUGAUUUUCUCGCAGAUACUGUACAGCGAUGGUCAACUUUGCCACUUGCACUGAGUUUUUGGAUCAAACCUCUUUUCCUAAAUGAAGUUGUGACUUCAGUAUAACUCAUAUACUGUAUACUUUGCUUCCUUUUUUAAACUAUCCUCUUAAAUAAAAUAGGGAAAAAACAACACUCAGGAGAUGACUAUGUAGGGAAAUCUUGCCAAAUAUGGAAUUCACCCAAUAGCAUUGAUUGGGUAUUUUCUGUAUUCAUUUUUUUUAGUUUCCCAAACCAAAUUUAGAAUAGCUGCUUUUUUAAGAGAGAGAUUGCUAUUUGUUAAGGCUCAAUAUUUAAUCAGAUACCUUAAAAACUAUUCAAUGGCCAGUGUAUGUCAUUGAUGUUGAGAACCAUAACUCAAGGCCAAGGACAUUUACAAUUGCAUCAAUGAAUGCAGUUCCAUAGUUCUUAGUGAAGUUUCAGGCUUCCUUCUGCAGUUACUUAUUCAGGUAGUACUAGCACUGUUAAUCCAUGUGAACAGCUCUACUGGCCUCAGUUUAAGUGUUCAGUUAAUACCAUCUUAUGUAGGCAAUUCACUGCAGUGUUUUACUCUGUUUGCUCCCCAUUUACACUGGCAUCAACACAGUCUUAUUCAGACCCUCUGAAGCAUAAGAAAUAGUUCACAUAAGAGACCCUUCCAGGAUUGAGACUAUCAUAAAGAUUUGUGAAAUUUUAAAACAAUGCAUAUCAACAGAAAUAUGAUUGCACAUCAGUGCUGUAAGAUUGCCUCAGUUCAUAGUUACUGUCUUCAGCACAGACCAGCUUCUGACUCAGAGGAGGUAAUUGGAGAAGGAGUUUCAAGUAUAUUGAACCUUACUUUCAAGAAAAUUCACAAAACACUUAACUGGCUCUCUCAAUGAUUGUGGAAGACGCCCUUCAUCCAGAUGUAACAGGUGGGCAAAAAAUCUAGGUCAAAAAAUCUAGGGGCAGGCACAAUGCAGCAGAACUUUUUUUUCUGCACAUCCUGAAAUAAAUAAGAAUUGCCCAAGAGAAAUGCUUUUGCACGACUCUUACUUAUUUCAGAAAGACUUGUGCAGGAGAGUUCCUGGUGGAUUGUAAUUUUUUUAAGUGACCUUUGACUUCUCUAUCUUAAUCUUGCCUGGGUGCUUUGAGGGAUAUUUUCUGAUGUCACCCAUGGUUUACAGAUUGAUACUGUUUACCUUAACUGCAGAUCAACAUGAUAGCUCAGACUGCUGUUCCUUUUAACUAUGACAAUGUGUUCCUCCAUGCUAAUGUUUACACUAAGCGGUGUGGCACUCAGUAAAUCAGCAUCGUGUUUUUCUAGAGGAAGAAUCAAGCUCCUGUCUUUAUUGUUGUUUUUUCUUUAACCACAAGUUUAUGGAGACAGUUUGCCAGUCCGGCAGCUUACCUGCAGACCAGGAGGUGUAUACAAUGCAUGUGCCAGGUUUACUUACUAGGUAGGGCGGGUGUCCUUCUGUAGGUCGA